AGGCAUUUUCACCUUUAAAUCUCCACAUUGCUGAGAAGAUGGCCUCCAUGUCUGAGAAUUUUCUCAAGAAAAGAACAACGACAAAGAGAGUUAUUCAAUGCAGCAAGUGCUCCAGCAACAUUGAAGUCCCACCAACAGCCCAAACUAUCCACUGCAGGCAGUGCAACACUUAUAUUUUGGUUUCCAUAGCUUCCCGGUCGAUCAGUGGCAAUCCUCUGGUGAUGAGUAAGCAAGUUACUAAUUCAGGUGCCACCCAACCAAGGUUAAAUAAACGGGCACUUCUUUGCGGCGUGAGCUAUAGGGGCCUCAAAUACAGGCUUAGAGGAACUAUUAAUGAUGUCAACAGGAUGCAGCAAUUCCUCACUAAGCGCUUCAAUUUCCCGAAACAGUCCAUUCGUAUUCUAACAGAAGAUCAGCCAAAAGAAGAAGAUACUCCAACAAGAAAGAACAUUGAGAAUGCCUUAAGAUGGCUGGUGGAAGGCUGCCAGUCAGGCGACUCACUGGUGUUCUACUUCUCAGGGCAUGGCCUUCGACAGCCAGAUUUCAACGGCGAUGAGAACGAUGGAUAUGAUGAAACCUUAUGUCCAGUUGAUUUCAGCAAGGAGGGUAUGAUUCUUGAUAAUGAUAUCAAUUCCAUCAUUGUUAAGCCCCUCCCCGCUGGUGUCAAACUUCAUGCCAUCAUUGAUGCCUGUCACAGUGGAACCAUUCUUGAUCUGCACUAUAUUUACAAAAUCAAAUCGAACAAAUGGGAAGAGGAUGUUGCUCCAUCAGGUAGACCUCCUAAAGGUACAAGUGGUGGACUAGCUAUCUGCUUCAGUGCUUGUGCUGAUAGUCAAAGAGCUGUUGAUACUUCUAUUUUCUCGGAAAAGGGCAAGCAUAUUUUUGCUCGAAAGGAUAUGUAUGGUGCCAUGACUACCUUGUUCAUCCGAGCAGUUGAGAGUCACUCCAAUAUAACAUAUGUUGGAAUACUAGAGUUCAUGAAUGAAGAGUGUGAAGCCAUGAAUAUACGAGGGAGAUGCUUCAACCGUCCAAGCUUAAGGAGAAUGUUCAACAGAGGAUUACUACAGGAACCUCAAUUGUCAUCCUCCAAGGAUUUUGACGUUGAUGAGAAAUUCGAAUUGUGAUCCUAUUUUUGAGAAUUUUUUCUCCAAAUAAGUCUAGCUCAGUUUGCAUUAGAGUAUUGACAUGUUAUCAUAAAAAUCAACCAUAAUUAAUUGUUAUGAGGUACUUCCUUCGGUUCAAGGAUAAUGAAAUUGACAUUGAAUGGUAAAUAAAGGAGAUAAUUGGUUUUCGA